AUGCUCCGCUCAGCGCUGCAACGACGUUGGAUAGCGACGGUCCCAGUGAACAGGAGAGAAGCAUGGCUUUUUGUUGAUUCCGUAUUCCCAGUCAAGUUGGGCACCUGGGAUGUUCGGUAUUAUGUUGGCCUACUUCGACAGGACUUUCUCCUCAGCAGUGUCCUUUCGAAGUUGACUAAUGUGAAGCAACACAAUUUUCAAGUGAUUGACGUAGAACCGCAUCCCAAGGAUGGCGGUGUAUACGUUCGGUUUUCGUACACGGAACCAGCGGAGCAGCCUGAUUCCACUGCCCUACAAGAGAUCGAGGAGAGUGUACGGGAGGAGGCCAAUAGGCAUGGUGGCUUCCCAACCUGGACUGGUGUCUCUGCCGGGAAUGCCUGGCUUGUCAGAGGUCAAACAUGGAGGGAGGACAUGAACAGAUACGCGUCGAACAUUGUCAAGGUCACAUUUGAAGGACCAGACGUUCCAGAACGCGUCUUGUACCACCUCUUCAGGCCCUACGGACGUAUCAAGGACAUUGCACUCCCCACUUCGGUUCCUGCGGGCACUCCACGUUCAGCGUUAAUCACCUACAGCCACGUUCGCUCAGCCGUUAUUGCACGGAACGUCCUCUAUGGACUGGAUACGGAGGCUCAGGAUACCAAGACAACGACCCUUAGAACAGGUUAUCAGAAGCCUAUUCAGGCACAUGCCGUUCGCGAUUGGAUGUCAAAGCACCCAAAGAUAAUUCUCCCCAUUAUUGUGUUCCUGUUGGGCUCGUUGACUUACACUAUCUUUGACCCCAUACGUUCAGUGAUGGUUCAGGGAAAGCUAUUGGAUUGGUUCGACUACAAGCAGUACAAUCUAUACAAGUGGCUUAGAGCCAAUACAUUGGAUAGACUAUCCCAGCCACCUCGAGACGACGUCCCAAUUACAGAUGUGUGGAAGGAACGAUCUGCAGCGCAGGAUUCUCUGAAGAACUAUCUCAACGACGUUCCCUCUUCCAUUGCCUUUAUGCACGGACCGCAAGGUAGCGGAAAGUCCACUCUCGUGAGGACUGUUCUGUCCGAGUACGACAGAAACGUUCUGUAUAUCGACUGCCGUAUGCUCCAGAAAGCAGGCUCAGACAGCCAGCUAGUUAAUGAACUGGCUCAUCAGACAGGUUAUUGGCCCGUCUUCACUCUAUUCAAUUCCAUGGGCAAUCUGAUCGACCUCGCGAGCGUUGGUCUCAUCGGCCAGAAGGUGGGGCUGACCAGCUCUCUUCCGGACCAACUGCAGCAAAUCCUGGGGGUAGUCACACAAGGCCUGAAAAGGGCCGCGGACGCUAAGCGCUCUGACCUCAAGGAAAGAUUCGAAUCGGAAGAAAGACAUAACCUACAGAUCCAGGAAAGCCGACGGAUACAAGAAGGCAUCCUUAACGGUACCUGGCACGACGGAAGGCUGGAAUGCGUCGCGGGGAUUGGCCCCAUCAGUGAAUUGGCCAUUGGAGACGAGCCCUUUGACCCGGAAUUGGACGCCGCCCCUUUCCAAGUUAACACAGAACACCUGGACGACGUUGGAGAGAAGCCAAAGAAAGAAAAAUCGCAGGCAGAGAUCGAUGCCAUUCGAGUGCUUCCCAUUGUUGUCGUUCUUAACUAUGCGACAAAGAUUGGCUCGACUCAGGACGAACUGCUGAAAAGUCUUGCAGAUUGGGCAGCUUCAUUGGUCGAGAACCAAAUUGCACAUGUUCUCGUUCUCAGCGACAACCGAGAGAAUGCGAAGCGAUUGGCAAAAGCUCUACCUUCCAAGCCGCUUUACGCGAUUGGCCUUUCGGAUGCCGACCCUUCUAGUUCACUACUGUUCAUGAAGGAGAAACUCAGUAGCGCGGGUAUUGAUGUGGACUUCAGUGCGAAGCAAACCGCGCAAGUGAUGAGGCUCGGCGGUCGAGCCAGUGACCUAGAGAGCUUGAUUCAUAAGGUUCGAAGUGGCCAGUCGGUUGAAGACGCAGUCGAGGAAAUCAUUCACCAAGGCGUGGGCGAACUUCGCAAGAACGCGUUUGGGGACGACACGGAAGAUGCCCAAAGUUUGCCCUGGGCCAGGGAACAGGCGUGGACUAUUAUCAAGUCUCUUGCCGUCAAACCUGAGUUAUCAUACCACGAAUUGUUGUCCGACUUCCCUUUCAAGGGCGACGAGGCAGCGAUCCGGAACAUGGAACAUGCAGAAUUUAUCACGGUGACCAUGAAGGACGGUCGACCAUCGACUAUCAAGCCAGGAAAACCUGUUCUCCGAUGGGUAUUCGAGCGGAUGGUGAAAGAUCCCAUUUUCCAAGCGGUGCAAGACAUCAACUAUAACGACAAGGCUAUUGCCAAAGCCGAGAACACAAUCAAAGCCUGCGAGGAGGAGCUGCGAGUGCUUGGUGAAAUCAUGGCUACCGAGCCCCGUAGUUGGUAUGACGCGCUUUUAGGCAGGCGAAGCGCGUGUAAAGAGCGUGCCAAAUUCCUCGCACGGAAGAUGCUGAAAGCCGAGAAGAAAGUGGAGACGCUGGAGAGGCGGAACGACGCGUUGAAGAGAUCAUUGACGACUGCUAUGUAA